AUUUUAACAAACUUUCUCUUUGCGCGUGCCGUGUUAUUCAAUUCAUAAUAAUUCAUAUUGCUUGUAUUGUUUAAAGGAUAUUCCAUGUAGAGAUGUAAUCUUGAAAUUUCCACGGCACAGCUGUGGAAAUUCCUCGGAGUAUGUAUGAUCUGCCAGAUCGAUCGUGCCGCGCGCAGAUUCCCGAAAGUUCACGGAGGCGCCGCGCGAUGGGGUGAUUGUCGCAUAUCCGUGGCCUCUGUGGAGGGGAGGGACACUGGCUGCUCGGCCAGCGACCGACCGCGCGCGAGGUCCGCGAGUUCGCGCAGUCAGGUGCAGUAGUGAAUCAGUAGUGAUCAAACAAUGCCCCGAGUGGUCGGGUAUACGCGUCGCGGCUGAGAACGAGGACGAGAGAGCCGAGGGACGCGUGUGAUCGUUUGGCGUGAUUCGUUAUGAGACUCUCGGAGCGCCCGCUCCCGGCGCGGUUCGCUUAACGCGCGCUGUUUUUGGUGCGCUCGGUCCUUCCACUUAGCGUCGUGCAAUUCGAUAGGAGACGCCGUCCACAAAAUUCACCGCAGGAUGGCCGUGGAACCUCGUGUGACCGGGAACGCAAAGCCCCUGGUACCGCUCUUCACCAAAGCGUCUGACUGCGUAAACACCAGCUGUUAUUGCGAAGAAAACGUGUGGAAGCUCUGUCAAGACGUAGCGACUAGGCAUCCCUCCGAAUUGCAGCAUUGUCAUGUCGUAUUCGUGAGCAAUCCACGACGUAGCGUUCCCCUCUGGCGUCAACGGUCGGGAAAGGACGAGGACAAAUUAGUCGUGUGGGACUACCACGCGAUUCUCAUCUACGCGCCCGACGAAAGGGCGGUGGUGUACGAUUUAGAAAGCUGCCUGCCGUUUCCCACGCAUUUCUGGAAGUACGCGACCGAAACUUUCCGUUCCGACGAGGCGCUGCGGCCCGAGUAUCACAGAAGAUUCCGCCUGGUGCCCGCCAGCGUGUACCUGCAGCAGUUCGCGUCGAAUCGGCAUCACAUGAAGCGUAAGGACGGCACUUGGAUCAAGACGCCACCGGAUUAUCCUCCGAUCUCGACGCCAACCUGCAAGGAUAAUCUCGAUUCGUUCAUCAACAUGGAACCAGCAACCGGACUAGGCGUUGUAAUGAGUUUGAAACAAUUAGUUAACCGAUUUUAUAGGCCAAAUGUCAACACACAGGCGCCGACACCGCCUCAGCCACAAGCCACAGCAACUUAAGUCGCGAAUUGCGACGCGACGUUCGUACGCUUUGAUUGAACAUCUUGGAAAUCAAUUGUAUGGCCUAAUGGAAUCGGUUUGGUGCAUGCACCUUUGUGGGCUAAAAUACUUGAUCGAAAUUUGAUAAUAAUGUUAGUUAAUUGCUGCUAACUAUGGCAGAAUUUCAAAUAUAAAGUCGUUGUAUUGCUGUUUGAACGGGAAUUUGCUUCGGAAGAACCGAGCUGGAACCGAAGUGAUUUAAGCUAAAUUAAAUUUGUUAUCGCGUUGUGAUAUUUGCGUUAUAGUUUCAUCACAUCGUGAGUAUGAAUGUUUCAGAUAAUUUAGAUAAGUUUAUCGAUUGUUACUUAUUUUUUUUUUGUCCCUUUAUCUCUGACGCGGAAGCUUCGCGCGUAAAACCUUCGGGUAGCGUGAAACCGAUGAGUACAUAAAAUAAGUACAUAAAAUUAUCAAUGCAAGCAUUAUAUUGUUUGGGUGUUACUUUUUACUGAUAUAUAUCCCGGUUCGGUAGAUAGAAAGAUUUAAAAAAAUCUCAUGUUUUAUUCAUAAUCAAAAUCUACGUGUAUCGAAAGGAAACACACACUCUUUGCAAUAUAAUAACGGGAUUGACGUCUUAUUCUCCAGUCGAGUGAUUUGGCUUACCGCGCAUGAAGAACGAUUCUGCUGAGCUGCUUUUUGAAUACUCUCGAUAAGUGCUUAUGCAUCGUAUUAAUGGAGUCCAUCGAAAACCAUUUUCUCUCUCUCUCUCUCUCUCUCUCUCUUUCUCUCUCUUCUACUAAAGUUUCCUUCGCAGAAUUUAUCCGGUGGGAACGCUCCUCCUCCGGCAAAUGUAGCACAUUGCAUUCGAUUCACCUUUCCGAACUCGGAAUCGUAUUUUAUAUAAGUACUUUCGUCUCCAUGCCAUAAAGCGAUACUUCUCACGGCUUUACUCUCUGUCAGUGGUGUUAUUAUAAUUAUUGUGUCAAAGACUGAUGUAUUUACAGAGGAUUAUCCGACUUGAUAGAGAUCCCUUUGUCUAUUGGCGCGUGCUCGAAGCGCGGGACGCGAUAAAAGCGCUUAUAAUUACUGUGCGAUCGAUGUAGUAAGGUCAAGAACUUAAUCUUUGCGACAUAACGUAAUAAUUAUUACGAUUAUUGUAAUUCUUGUGAUACUUUACACUUUCUACUUUGAAUACCUACGCUAUACUUACCUUACUGUUUAUACUAAAAGCUGAUUCUUAAGAGAUACGUGUUCGCUUGUUGAGCGGCUUCCCUAACAAGCGUAUUAACUUGAAUGGAUUUAAGACAUCGUCACGCGACCAAUUGUUAACAUCGAAGAACCUGUUGACUCAACGAACGUACGUCGCUUUAGUGACGAUAUAUAGGAACAAGUUUUACAACGAAUGCUUUAAAUUCUCUCUUCAAAUAAGAUUGUAGCAAAGUUCUAUCUGUUAAGAUUUAAUACCUCAUUAUUUUUCGAUUUUACAUAGAGAUAGUCAAUAUUUUAUUAAGCCUUUUUAUUAAUACCAUUUAUCUAUAUCCUAGACUUUAUUAUAAACUUUUAUUCUCGCGGAUUUGCGAUUAACUCUUUGUGGUUCAAGUAUGAAUAAAUAAUAUAUAUUUAAUUGCGAAACGUUUGCAAUUAUGGAGCGACCUUGAUACAUCAGAAUAGCCAGUUAACUUUGAUAUGAGUGCAAAAUAAGUGUAAAAUGCUUGCCACCUCCGAUCAGCAUGAUGUAACCUUGGAACGUAAAGGGUUAAAUCGCGUGUUAUGUUAUGCGCAUUUUAUCAGAUGCGACAGCCUUGAAAGUUACGCCUUUGUGCGAACUUUCUUCCCUCGACCCUCAUGUACUUUACAUUAUUUAAUAAUGGUAACGAUAUGAAACGUAAGAUUUCUGUACUUUAGAAAUACAUGUAUUAAUCUAUUUUAAUUUCAUUAUUAGUUGCUUCAUUCGGAUGAAUGCAACGGGGAAGUUUAUCAACAAGCAAUUGCUAUCGAACUAUCGACUCGACGAGUCGGCGCCACGAAUGGUGUGCCAACCAUUCUUGAGAAGAACCCACCGGUCGGGUCGAUAGUUUUAAGAGUACGUCCACUCUUUGCCUUCCAAAGUCUCUCACUAGUUCACUCUACCUUUUUCAUCGACACAUGUUUACCUCCAGUUCGCAUAUAUCAUGUUACUACGAGCGUACGUACUUGUAAACGGAGGAGUUUACGGUUUUGAAGUAUCUAGUCACCGAAAAUUGCUUUAAUGUAAAUUGUGUGACAGCAGUCUCCAUGACAAGGUUUUCUUUUAAUGGACGCGCAACGCGUGGAAAAUUCGGGACCGAUCUUCUUAGCGAGUAAUCUCGAAAAACUUUAUCAAAAGACAAAAAUACCGAAAAAAAGAUUCUCUUUAUCGUUCAGACAAGAUAUUGCUAAAUAUAUCAGAGCAGAACUAUUACGAUUAUGAUAUAUAUAUUGUACACAUAUACAUAUAUAUCGAUAUUUCAUAUUUAUUAUACAGAUAUAUUGUAAUUAUAUUGUAUCGAUUUCGAUACACCGAUAAGAGUUUAGUCGGAAAUGUUAACUUAUACAAUGUUUUAUAUAUAUACAUAUAUAUUAUAUAUAUAUUUGUCGGCAUUCGCGGUGGCAUUUCUCUUACCAUUGUCAUUUACGACCUGUAAACGUCUGGACUUGAAGAUCAUAAGUCUGUUGCCACAUAUGUUUCGCAUAUUUGCAGAGAAUCAUAAAACUUCUUUACAACCUUCUCCUUUCGAGUAUAUGAUGGGUUAUUACAAUAAAUGGGUGCACUCCGUUCGUCUAAGCUUCGAAGUUUAUAGAA